GAAAGUUUUAUUUAUAAGAUCAGGUUUUACACAUGAAAAAAGAACUAACAGCUGCGGACUGCGACAGCCACAGUCAGUGCGAGCUGUUCAAGAUAAAGAGCAUAACUUUAUAAUUAAAACGUAAAACAACUGGGACAUAACAAGAAUGAUGGAAGCAAAUGAUGGGGAAGAGUUAGUCAGAGAAGCUGGUGAACAUGCAGCGCCCCCCAAUGGUAUAAUCAACGAAAUGCUCGACGUGGGCCAGGAAGACAACAUGCAAGAACAAAUGGAGGAGUUUCUGGGCCCACAGCCUGAGUACAAUGAGGAGGAGGAGGAGAGGAAGUACUACAGAAGGAAGAGGCUGGGAGUGAUCAAGAAUGUGAUUUCAGCCAGUGUUGCAGCCAUGAUCGUAUAUGGAGUGUACAUGGGCCUAUUACAGAUGCAGCUGAUCCUCCAUUAUGACAUGACAUAUCGCGAGGUGAAGUACAGUAACCUUGGGCUUCCAGAUAUCGAUCAAAAGAUGAUGAUGGGAAUCAACGUCACCCCCAUCAUAGGCCUGCUCUACACGCCGCUGCUCAUCAGGUUUUUAGGCACCAAGUGGAUGAUGUUUUUGGCUUCAGGAAUCUAUGCUCUGUUUGUGUCUACUAACUACUGGGAGCGGUACUACACCCUGAUUCCGUCAGCUGUGGCCAUUGGAGCGGCCAUCGUGCCUCUUUGGGCGUCACUGGGACACUACAUGACCAGAAUGGCUCAGCAGUAUUACGAGUAUGUGAAUUACAAAGAGGAGCACGUUCAGGAGCAGAAGAAGCUCCCGAAAGGCGCCUGUCACAGCUACAUCAUUGUUUUUCACUCUAUCUUCCACAUUAUCUUCAACUUAAGUUUCGUCUUCGCUCAGUUCCCCAUGCGUCUCAUCCUGCAUCACUAUCUCAUUGACAACACCUCACACAUCCUCUGCAAUGUCAAGUCUUGUGGUGCCUCAAUAAGUGGAUUUAUCCCUGGGUUCAAUACGACUGUGUUACUCAACCUGCCUCGGUCCAUACUCUUGAUUGAAGUUGAAAGCGUCCUCAUGGCCUUUGCCUUUUUGGCUAUGAUCAUGUUCCUGGUUUUGUGUGGUCCAGCCUAUCGUCCGACAGAAGAGAUCGACCUCCGCAGCAUUGGGUGGGGGAACAUCUUCCAGCUCCCAUUCAAGCACCACAGGGAUUAUCGCCUGAGACUCCUCUGUCCUUUCUUCAUCUACAGCGGAUUUGAAAUAGUGUUUGCUGUGUCUGGAUUCUCACUGUCUUAUGGCGUCUGUGCAUUGGGAUUGAAGCAAUUGUGGCUCAUCAUUAUUGUCUAUGGAUUUUCUGCAUCAAUUUUCUCCUCCCUGUCCUUGUGCCUACUGCGCCUUCCCCGCUGGGUGGGCCUGAUAGGGGGCGCUAUUGUCCACGGGGCUCUCAUCAUUGCUCUCUUGGCGUUUUCCCCGGUCCCAGGAGGGAAUCAGUGUGGAAGAGUUUCACCCCAAAACAGCCCGGACUACCUAGCACCCAUCCUGAUCAUAGCCAUACUGUGGGGGCUCGGGACAGCUCUGAACAAGACUGGAGUUGGGAUUCUGGUCGGGAUUCUGUACGCAGAGGAAAAAGAGCGUCUUGACUUUGUUUACACCAUUUAUCACUGGCUUCAGGCUGUGGCCAUUUUUGUAGUCUAUUUGUGGUCCGAAAUGCCGAUGAGGGCCAAACUGUCUAUCCUCUUGGUAACAUUAUUGCUGGCCUGUUAUUGUUACUGGGUGAUGGAGAGGAGGCUAUUCAGAAAAGUGCCCUACAGACUGCCUCGAAUUCCCCGUCCAAGACACAAGGUCAAAGGUUACCGGUAUCUGGAAGAGGACAACUCCGAUGAGUCAGACUCAGAAGACAGCGAUGAAGAUGAGGAAGACUAUGACAAAGAAGAGGAGAUGGAGGAUGAGGAGCAUGUGCCUGGGGAGGAGGGCGACCACAGAUAUGAGGGUGACCAUGGUUACGAGGACGACCAUGAUGGAGGGGCAUGCGAACAUGACUCACCCAAGGGUCAGAGGCGACACAAGCGAAAGAAAGUGAAUGGAGUGAAGGAGGAGGAGAGGGGAGGGGCUUGUGGGAGGAAUAGCGAAAAUGUGGAGAAAAUAUGAAGAACACAGGAUGGCCAUAGGAAUCUCAGAAUGUAAAACACUGUUAUUACAAUUGCUGAAAGAAUAUUUAUUUGGUACGUUCACACAGAAACCACCUCAAAAUUGGACUAAACUGGAAAUAAACCUGGAACUUAACCUGGAUUAGAUCAGGACUAAACCACGACUAGAACAGGACCAAACCAAGCCUACAUCAGGACUAAACCAGUGUUAGUCCAGGACCAAAGUCUGCAUCAGGACUAAACUUGGCUCACACCAGGAAAAGUGUGAAUGCAUUUGUUGUCAACUCAUAAAAUAAGCUAAAUAGCUGUAUACAUUAUAAUUCUAAGCAUUAUCCAAACCCCAUGUCCAAAAACAGAACAAUAAGUGCUU